GAGUAGUAUGCGACUAUACAGACAGUCAAAUAUAGGCUAUUAUUAUACUAUAUACGGCGGAUACAGUACAUACAGAUACGAUAUAUACUGCAUUUUAGGUACGGAGCCACAGUCUAUUAUAUUUCUUAUAGACUAUAUGACAGGAAGCGAGGUGAACACAACUACAGCACGCUCAUUCGUUCGUAUUUACUUUUGAGAAGUAUAACAGAGGUACAUAUUGUCCCUGUUAACACACAUAGCCAUGAUUUCUCAGCAGAAUAGCCUGUAUUUCAGUAUAGUUCGAAACGACGGUGAGUGUGGGGGUACCACAAGGCCCACCGCCACUACAGCUGCAUGUCGCCAGAUACAGGGGAAUGUAGUUUUGUCAUCACACACUCCGACGCAUAGUAUACUUUCGGACCAUUUAGAUCAUGCAAACCAUGACACAGAUAUAUCAGAACUCGUGCACCUGUACGACAGGGUGAAAGUAUCAGAUACUCACCAUUCAAGUGGAUCGGGAAAUAUCAAUGACUCCUAUAGUACGCCUCAGCAAUCUACGCGGAGAUCCGGUGGUUUAAAAGAUGCAGACUGCGGCGCUGUAGUAUCGAGCAAUACACAGACGCACAUCCCGAAUACUCAGCUUCUUAUUUGCCGUGACAGAUUGACUUCACAUACGUCUAUUGCGCCACACAGUUCAUCUCAGGCCGGGAGUGACAGUUUAAGUAUACGUAACAGUCCAUAUACGGAUAUAGAUUCCCCGGGGGGCUUGGGACCACUCAAUAGCAAUAUGGUAGGAGGUGUAGGGGCUGGUUUAGUCGGGACGUUCAGUAAUAUGAAUAUGCACUGUCCAGGGCAAACCAAUAACCGGACAAAUGCUAACACCCACACAGCCUCACACAAUAGUCUGGUUACAUGUCAGUCACUACCCAAUACACCCGUUGGGCCGAUACACAAACCAAGAGGUUCACUGUGUGCUCCUGGGGGCAGUUUGGGCUCAGAAAUGAGUGAACAAUUUGCCCUGGCACUCGGUUUAGCCCUGAAACAUUCAGCCACACCAAAGGCAACGCUAUCCGCUCACGGCUGUAGGAAUAUGAAAAACACGGCGGGGCCUAAAGACAGCGCCAAGGCAAAACACAAAGGACCCACUCUCGCUGAAAGGGGUAAAGACCUGGUGAAGAGUUAUGCAGAUAUCAGGCCCAGCCCCAGUUAUACGUCGAAUUAUUCCGGUAACUCCAGUCAUAGUGCACGCGCUCAGGCCCACGCUGCGAGAAAGCAGUUGGGGAAAUCAAACACCACAGUUAAGAAAGAGAGAGCGGCGUCGUGGGACAAUGUCGAGGGGUUGCGAUCUGCAUUGGAUGUGAUCGAGAAUGAGAAUACUGAACCGGAUCUGGAUGCUACCACAAAUAGGUCGUUGUACUUGGACUUUGGUUACAUGAUGAGAGCUGUUUCGCAAGAUAUGGAUGAUGCGGAUGGUAUGAUUGACGAGAUGAGUUACCUCGUGGAGAAAAUGCGCGUGGAGACUCCAGUGGUGCAGGGACACAUGUCUUAUGUCUCGUAGUGUACUCUGCGAUGUAUCAAAAUAGAACUAUGUACGCAUUGUGUUGCGGUUAGUUACACAAAAGACAAACAAAUCAUAUCACGACCUCUGUGAUAUAAAAGACAAACAAAUCAUAUUACGACCUUUAUGAUAUAAAAGACAAACAAAUCAU